CCCCGUCGCCACGCUGGACAGGUCGCCCACAGCCAGCCAACCCCACCACCGCGAGCUGCCCCGCCCCGCCAAACACAACAACAGCGCCGACACAACAGCGCCCACACAGCCCACGGCGGCCACGCUCUCGUCCGCACCACCUCCACCAUGGCGCCCUCGUCGGUCCCGGCCAACCCGACGGCGCACAACGUCGCGCAGCUGCUGCCCAAGCUCAGCAAUGACGACCCCGACUUCCGCUUCAUGGCGCUCAGCGACCUGCACGACAUGCUGCUGGUCUCGCACGCCGGGUUCCUGCACCACGACGACGUGACCUGCGCCAAGACGGUCGACGGCCUGCUGGCCACGCUGGUCGACAGCAACGGCGAGGUGCAGAACCAGGCCGUCAAGUGCCUGGGGCCGUUUGCCAACCGCGUGCCCGACAAGAUCCUGUGCCCCAUGCUCGAGAAGCUGUCCAACCUGCAGACGGACAACACCGUCGACCACUCCAUCCCCGCCCUGGCCCUGCGCGAGGUCGUCGUCUCGCUGCCGCGCCCCGUCGCCGGCCUGGCCCGCACCAAGCCCGUCGCCGACGCCUACACCGCCGUCAGCAAGGUGCUCGUCCCGCGCCUCGUCGGCCACCACGUCAUCCAGCCCGCCCAGCAGGGCCUGCCCAAGGUGCCGCGCGGCAUGCUGCAGGCCGACCUCGACACGGGCGCCGACAGCAACGCCAUCGACGUGCUGACCGAGGUCGCCCGCUGCUUCGGCCCCAUGCUGCAGGACGUCGAGAUCCACGCCCUGCAGAGCAUGACCUUCGACGUGCUCGAGAACGACCGCGCCAGCUCCAUGAUGAAGAAGAAGUCGGUCACGGCCAUGGCCACGCUGGCCGCCUACUUCACCGACCCGCUGCUGAGCAGCUUCCUCUCGCGCGUCAUCGAGCACCUGCGCGACGCCCACCUCACCCGCACCAAGCGCCGCCUGUACAUCACCAUCCUCGGCUCCAUGGCCCGCUCCAUCCCCCGCAAGUUCGGGCCCUAUCUGAAGACGCUGGCGCCCUUUGUGCUGAGCGCCCUGAGCCUGCAGGAGCAGGACGAGGACAUGGACGCCUCCGACGACGACGGCGAGCGCGACCCCGAGAUCGACGAGGUCCUCGAGGCCGCCCUCAUCGCCCUCGAGGGUUUCCUCGCCUCGUGUUCGCAGGACAUGCGCAUGUACACGGACGAGACCAUCGACGCCGCUACGCGCUACCUCAAGUACGACCCCAACCUCGCCCAAGACGACGACGACGAAGACGAGGACGACGAUGCCAUGGGGAGCGACGACGAGGACGCGCUCGAGGGCGACGACUUCGAGGAAGAGGCGGGCUACGACGACGACGACGACGCGAGCUGGAAGGUGCGUCGGUGUGCGACAAAGGUCCUGUACACGCUCAUCUCCACGCGGAGCAACGGUGAUUUGCUGGCGGAUGGCACUCUCUACAGCCGCGUGGCGCCUGCCCUCAUCGCGCGCUUCAAGGAGCGGGAAGACAACGUGCGGCUGGAGGUCCUGGCCACGCUGUCCAACCUCGUCAAGAGGUCGGGCGAUGGGCCGUCGCCAGUCCGCUUCUCCGACGAGCAGAUGAUGCCACCGCCCAGCCGGAAGCGUCGUCGCGGUGGCAGCGAUGCCAGCAUGCUAGACCUGCAAGCAGCCUCGUCCCUGUCCAUGGGCUACACAUCCCCCACGCCCGCCGCGACGCCGCCAGCCGGCCCUCGCGCAAGCCUAGCUAAGCUCAGUCCUGACCUCGUCAAGGGCGUUGCCCAGCUUCUCAAGCAGUCGACGUGUCCGCCCAGUACGAAACAAGCAUCCGUUCUCCUGAUCAAGGACAUUGUCAUCACGCAGCGAGGCGGACUGGACAGCUACCUCAGCCAGCUCAUUGAGCCCGUCGUCGAGGCUGCCAAAACGAGUGGUGGAUCCACCAGCAGCGCCUCCACAACAGCCAACAGCCUGCGUAUCCACGCACUGCAGCUCAUAGGCGCCAUCGCCGACACACACCCCUCCCACUCUAUCCAGCCCUAUCUAGAGUCGAUCGUGGAUGCGCUGAUACGCGGAGCAAAGGACAAGUACAGCAAGCUAUCUAUAGAGGCCCUGGCAGCUACGGAGCAGGUCGUCAAGUCGCUCACACCCCCUCGCUCGGCUUCUUCGGGACCGCAAAACCAGCAACAUCUGGCCCAGCUCUACGAUACUCUGGUCAACCGAAUAGCAGCAAACGACGCUGAUCUCGAGGUGCGCCAGAGCGCCAUCCACGUUCUCGGCCUCUUCCUCGGCAGGAGCUCGGGAACAGAGGACCUAGUGUCCUCGGAACAUCGAACCGCUGGACUGGAGCUGCUGGCUGACCGUCUGAAAAACGAGCUUACACGCCUCGCCUCUGUCCGUGCCAUUGAGUCUAUCGCUGCGCAUACACGGGCUCAGGAUGAACUCUCGGCAGAAUGGGUCCAAUCUGUUGCUUUGCAACUCGGUGCUCAACUACGCAAGUCUAGUCGCGUGCUACGUGGUGCGAGCUUGACUGCUCUUCGCACUCUGGCCUUGAAUUCGCUGUCUAGAAGCCAAUUGGACGCCAAGACCAAGGCGCAGAUUGUCGACUUGUUACUGCCACUCCUGGACUCUGCCGAUCUACAUCUUCUAGGGCCGGCUCUCAUCAUCUUGGCUACCUUUGUCAAGGACGAUGCGCAAUCUGUGAUGACGCCCCAGCUCAACUCAGCACUGUGCCAGGUUGUACAGGGCUCCAUCAGUGGGUUGUCGCUCGAUGCACUGCUCAAGCUGGUGCGUACAAUUGGUGAACAGCACGCUGGCCAAGCGUUGAUGAAGUCUCUACUUCAGGAUGUCGGCGUUUCUGGGCACCCUGAAGUAGUUGGCAAGGUCAUCGGAAACCUCUUGGUGUAUGGCGGUAGUAGCGUGGGAGUCAAACUCGAGGCGUUUGUGCAAGAGCUUGAGACGGCUCAAGACGACAAGCGCAAGUGCCUGGCUCUCGUCGUGCUAGGGGAGUCUGCGUUACGACUGGGAUCAGAAUCAACACUCGACCCAAACAUGUUCAUCAAGCACUUUUCCGUUCGCUCCGAGCAGGUACCUCUUGCAGCUGCUGUCGCCCUUGGACGAGCAGGUGCCGGAAAUGUCAGCAAGUACCUUCCGGUUAUUCUGUCGACAAUGGGCCAACCAUCAGCUCCUCAGUACCUCCUCCUGCACUCUAUCAAGGAGAUACUUCAACAAGAUGAUUCUGAGUCCGAGAUCAUUCCAUACGCAUCGACGUUAUGGCAAAAUCUGGUCGUGGCAUCCCAGUUCGAAGACAACAAGGCGAUUGGUGCAGAGUGCAUUGGCAGGCUUACCAUCAUCGAUCCCAAGACAUACCUGCCACAACUUCAGACAUUCUUGGGCGACCGCAAAGGCAGUAUUCGAGCUAUGGUCAUCUCGGCAUUGCGAUACACUCUAGCCGAUACUGAUGAAGCAUACGACGGAUACCUCAAGCCAAUUGUCGUACCUAUGCUGGUACAAAUGCUUCACGAACCAGAUCUGGAGAACCGACGGUUAGCCCUCACGACGUUCAACUCCGCCAUGCACAACAAGCCUGAUAUCAUUCUACCGGCAUUGGACCAGCUGCUGCCACUGGCUAUGCGGGAAACUGUCAUCAAACCCGAACUUGUCCGCGAAGUUCAGAUGGGUCCAUUCAAGCACAAGGUCGAUGACGGCCUUGAGAUUCGCAAGAGCGCAUACGAGACGCUAUACGCACUCCUCGAGACAGCCUUUUCCAGGUUGUCUCCAAUUGAAGUGUCCGACUGCUUCGACCGUAUUGUUGCUGGUAUCACUGACGAACACGACAUCCGCAUUCUCUGCAACCUCAUGCUCACCAAGCUUAUGGUCAUUGCCCCUAGUCAGGUUCGCUCACGUCUAGAAGCCAUUGCUGAGAAUUUCCGCACCGUCAUGAUGACUAAGCCGAAGGAAAAUGCCGUCAAGCAGGAGAUUGAGAAGAUCCAUGAAGGUGCCAAGGGCGUGCUCCGAGUGUCUGUACUCCUGAACAAGCAAAUGGGUACUGAUGGCACUGUAGGCCAGGAUGAUCCCCAACUCAGAGUAUGGGCGCAGUACUGGGACUGGAUCAGUAAGGAACAUGCUCAAGGGUUGAAGGCUGUAGUGGAUGAGAUGAAGGAACGCGAUCGUUAGACGUAGUGAGGAGACAGUCAGCGACAUCGGACGACGUGAAUGAUUUAUGAGCGAGUAUGACGUAGCAUUUUCAGGGUAGGCGUCUGUUUUGCAUGCAAUCGGGCGAUAUAGCCGAUGGUGGUAACAAAGUUGAUAAAAAUACCUUGAUAGAGAGGUAAAACUAUAUGCAACAACGCAUUUACAGAAAAACGAAAUAACAAGAUACUUUGACACACUGAUAAGCUCGAUUGCAUCAAGUCGACGGGCGUAUCAGUUCGCUGAUGAUUUGUCGGCUCCACUGGCUCUCCAAAUGAGGCCUCAUCCAUUACACCAUCAAGUUUGCUGACGUUGUAUGUCCAUCCCGA